UUGAGCAGCCUGUGUCGAAUGCUGUGCAGUUGUGCUGCUCUUGCUCUGUGUUCUUUGAGAUAUGUCUCCUCAUCUCUUUUUGCUGUUGCUGUGUUCCUGGCUUCUGUUCGGAGCUCAAGCUGGGAAUGGAGGGGGAAAAUAUACCCGGGAGAUGAACGAGAAUCGGUCAGAUCGCGAGGGUACCGAGUUCAGGAUAAUGAAACUGAAUCAGAUAUGGGAAAAAGCACAGCGGCUUCAGCUUUCUGCUGUGAAACUUGCAGAACUUCACAGUGACUUAAAAAUACAGGAGAAAGAUGAACUGAACUGGAAAAAGCUGAAGGCAGAAGGUUUGGAUAAUGAUGGAGAAAGAGAAGCCAAACUCAGAAGAUCUUUAAACGUAAUAAUGGCUACAUAUGGUCUGGAUGGCAAAAAGAAAUCUGAACCGGAGGAAAGCAAUUACAUUAAGGAAGGCACAGAGAACGAUGUUCUGAAUGAUCCACGGCUGGAGAAAUUAUGGAAUAAGGCAAAAAGCUCUGGGAAAUUUUCAGAGGAAGAACUAGAAAAAUUAUGGCGAGAGUUCAUACACCAUAAGGAGAAAACGCACGAAUACAAUAUACUUUUAGACACGUUGAGCAGAACAGAAGAAAUCCAUAAAAAUGUUAUUAGUCCAGAUGAAGAGGAGGUUAAACCGGAAUUUUUGCAUGACAAACACUCGGAUCUCAAAGAUAAGCUCAGGAGUAUCAAUCAUGGAUUUGAACGACUGCGUAAAGUCAGUCAUGAAGGUUAUGACAGUGAAAGAGACUUUAAUGAACCCAGAGUGAACGACUUGUGGGACAUGGCAAAGAAAGCUAACUUUUCUGAUAAUGAACUGGACUCAUUUAAGGACGAACUAAAGCAUUUUGAAACAAAAAUCGAGAAGCAUCAACAUUAUCAGAAGCAGCUUGAAGUUUCGCAUGAGAAACUGAAACAUAUCGCAGAAACCGGAGACAAGGAACACUUACAGAAGAGCAAAGAGAAGAAUCAAAAGCUAACGGAAAAGAUAAAGGAACUGGGAUACAAGGUGAAGAAGCAUCUCCAGGAUUUAACAAACAGGGUUUCCAGAAAUGGACUAGAGCAUAACGAACUCUAAAACAAAAUCCUAUUGCAUCAGUAUUUACGGGAUCUAAAGGAUAUUACUGACAUUCUUUAAAAUAUUCUCAUGUCUAGCUGGCCUAAACGUUUGUGGGGCAAUGUACUUUGGCUGUUCAGCAAUUAUUUAUUAUGCUUUAUUAAAAAAUAAAGUGCCAUAUAGUUCCCACUUGCAAACUAUUUGUCCCUAAAUAGAAGAUUCAAUAAAUAUAUAUAUAUAAAACUUUAUUACCUACCAAGCUCAUUUUAUAAUAAGUUCAACAGCCAAUGUGACAACACAACAAUAUACGUUUUACCCAUGGGUUGCAGCGCAGUGAAUGCAAGUUUGCACCAUGGUGUGCCAGCUGUACUCGCUAGGUACAUUUUUCCCUCAGUUCUUGCCGGUGACCAGAGUUCCUUUUCUGUUACAUUUAGUUCAGCAUUUCUUUCUUUUGUUUUGUUAUAGUAUUUUUUCAAUCAACUAAACUGACAAAUCAACCAUGUGAAAUCAGCAUUCUAACGGUUCUCUAUAAAUCAUUAUGCACAAGAAGAUUGCCUUAUUAGUUGUUGUUCAGCCUUUUUGUAGUUUAAUAGACACCUAUCAUACCAGUCCAUGAUGCACUGUUUCUGCCUUUGUUUUCUUAGUUUGUCAUCAGAUUUUUAAUUUGAUAAUUUGAAAUAAAUAUUUUCCAUUAAA